UCGCCCGUGGCUGCUUCCUCCAUCCUGGUAUUUUUUGGAGCCUCCAUCCUGGUUCUUCCAAAGUGCCCGGACCCAAAACAGGAAAGUGCUGCAGAGGUAGGAAGGAGCAUGGGGAAGAAGCAAUCUGGAUAGCAUGAAAGUGAUGCUGGUGCUUAAGGGAAGGCGACUUGAUUCUGUGGGAAGGGCUGUAGCUGAUCCAUACGUUGUCCAGAUUUGAGUAUGAGCACAGUUGAAGAGGAUUCUGACACAGUAACAGUAGAAACUGUGAACUCUGUGACUUUGACUCAGGACACCGAAGGGAAUCUCAUUCUUCAUUGCCCUCAGAAUGAAGCUGAUGAAAUAGACUCGGAAGAUAGUACUGAACCUUCACAUAAAAGACUUUGUUUGUCCUCUGAGGAUGAUCAGAGUAUUGAUGAUUCAACUCCUUGUAUAUCAGUUGUUGCACUUCCACUUUCAGAAAAUGAUCAGAGCUUUGAGUUGACCAUGACUGCGACCACAGAGGUGGCAGAUGAUGAGAUUACUGAAGGAACUGUGACACAGAUCCAGAUUCUACAGAAUGAGCAACUAGAUGAAAUAUCUCCCUUGGGUAAUGAAGAAGUUUCAGCAGUUAGCCAAGCAUGGUUUACAACUAAAGAAGAUAAAGAUUCUCUGACUAACAAAGGACAUAAAUGGAAGCAGGGGAUGUGGUCCAAGGAAGAAAUUGAUAUUUUGAUGAGCAAUAUUGAACGCUACUUGAAGGCACGCGGAAUAAAAGAUGCUACAGAAAUCAUCUUUGAGAUGUCAAAAGACGAAAGAAAGGAUUUCUACAGGACUAUAGCAUGGGGUCUGAACCGGCCUUUGUUUGCAGUUUAUAGAAGAGUGCUUCGCAUGUAUGAUGACAGAAACCAUGUGGGAAAGUAUACCCCUGAAGAAAUUGAAAAGCUCAAAGAGCUCCGGAUAAGGCAUGGCAAUGACUGGGCAACAAUAGGGGCGGCGCUAGGAAGAAGUGCUUCUUCGGUCAAAGAUCGUUGCCGACUGAUGAAGGACACUUGCAACACAGGAAAGUGGACAGAAGAAGAAGAAAAGAGGCUUACAGAGGUGGUUCAUGAAUUGACCAGCACUGAGCCAGGUGACAUAGUCACACAGGGUGUGUCUUGGGCAGCUGUGGCUGAACGAGUUGGUACCCGCUCAGAAAAGCAGUGUCGUUCCAAAUGGCUCAACUACCUGAACUGGAAACAGAGUGGGGGUACUGAGUGGACCAAGGAAGAUGAAAUAAAUCUCAUCCUCAGGAUAGCAGAGCUUGAUGUAGCCGACGAGAAUGACAUAAACUGGGACCUCCUAGCUGAGGGAUGGAGCAGUGUCCGUUCACCACAGUGGCUUCGAAGUAAAUGGUGGACCAUCAAAAGACAGAUUGCAAACCACAAGGAUGUUUCAUUCCCUGCUUCAACAGACUCUCCUGCUGCUACUGUUGACUCUGAAACCAUAACACUAAACAGUGGAACACUACAGACAUUUGAGAUUCUUCCAUCUUUCCAUUUACAGCCCACUGGCACCCCAGGCACUUACCUACUUCAGACAGGCUCGAGCCAAGGCCUUCCUCUCACUCUGACCGCCAGUCCCACUGUAACCCUGACGGCCACUGCUCCUGCUUCUCCUGAACAGAUCAUCGUUCAUGCUUUAUCUCCAGAACAUUUGUUGAACACAAGUGACAAUGUCACCGUGCAGUGUCACACACCAAGAGUCAUCAUUCAAACUGUUGCCACAGAGGACAUCACUUCUUCCAUAUCCCAAGCAGAACUGGCAGUGGACAGUGAUAUUCAGUCAGCUGAUUUUCCAGAGCCUCCAGAUGCUCUAGAAGCCGACACUUUCCCAGGUGAAAUCCAUCACCCUAAGAUGAUUGUAGAACCAUCAUUUAAUGAUGCUCAUAUGUCCAAAUUCAGUGACCAAAAUAGCACAGAACUGAUGAACAGUGUUAUGGUCAGAACAGAAGAAGAAAUUGACACCACCCUUAAACAAGAGGAGGAAUCACCCUCUAAUUUAGCCAGUGCUUAUGUUACUGAGGGUUUAGUAUCUUCUGCCAUAGAGCAACAAGUUGAUCAAGCAAUCGAUGAUGAAACAAUACUUAUCGUACCUUCACCACAUGGCUUCAUCCAGGCAUCUGAUGUGAUAGAUUCUGUCUUGCCUUUGACAGCAUUAACAGAUUCCAUAUUCCAACACCACCGAGAAGAGCCACAUAUCAUUGGAUCAUCUCUGUGCAGUCCCAUUUCAGAAGACUCAAAGGACGUUGAGGACUUGGUAAACUGUCACUAGGUAACGCUUAGAAACAGGGUAGUUUAAAGAAGUCACACUUAAUUACAUCUCCAAAGAAAUAGGAGCAACGCUCGGCUUAAUUUACCAUUCCUCUGGCUUUUUCAGUACGACAGUGCUGAAACCACGUACAGUGUUGCUGCUAUGACUUUAGCUCCUUUAAGUUAUCAUCUGAGGCCCAGUUUUUUAACUGCAGUUUUGGAUUAUGGGGGUUUUUAACUGCAUAAAUCUCUAUGUUUAGUGUUAGUCAGUGAGGAAUUUCAUUCACUUCAGCUCCUGCAAACAGUUUUUAAAAGCACCAAAACCUAACUACUCGGAUUGAAGACCAGGAGCCAUGCUCUCUAGAGAAAAGACGUGACUCUCUCCAGGGUCACAUGGGCUUGGUUAUAAUCCAGAGAUGGAUCAUUGCCUUUGAGAAGAGGCGAGGCCACCAUACAGUGGUCAAACAGUACUGUAAGCAGUAACUCUGGAUUUACCCAUUGCAGGCAGUGGAAGUGAUUUAGUCAGGAUAAAUAGGGUAGCAUUAAAACAGAUUAUGAAAAGUCACUACAGGUUUCUUGUUUGUUUUGAGUUAAUUACGUGGAGAGUAGUAAAACCUACCUGAAGUUAAAGCAGAGGGUUUUUUUACCCCCCUCAGAAAACCACUGUUAACAGUUUACAAAGUUAGCACUUUUAAGUUUACUAUAAACUUACAAAUGACAAAGGUGGUUAAUGUUGCCUACAUAUUUUUGCUACACAUAAUUACCCAGAAAAUGAGGAGGAUUAUAGCGUGCCAUUCAUUCAAUCCAUUAGCUGGUGGGGUACAAUAUAACUUCUCCUCAGGUAAUUUAAAACAAAACUGAACAAAAUUCGCUUCUGUAAUGAAACAAAUCAAGAGUCAUUCCUAUACUACAGAAAGUUUAGCCAAAACUAUCUUCUAUAGAAAAGUCACAAAAAUCCUUGUAUAAAUUAUUUUUAUUUAUUAUUGUAAUUAGAUCAUCACAAUCAAAGUUGUCUUUUUACCAUCUGUGUUACGUGAAAUAAAAUUGUAGUUAUAAGCAAAAGUUGGUUGCAUAGGGAACAAUUGUAUAUUCCAUUGAACAGAAAUAAAAGAAUUAUUUGUUUUAAAAUGCAGGAUUUUGUUUGCUACAUAGCCUUUUCACCAUGCAAUUACAUUAUAAAAAUUUUAAUUUCAAAAGUGAAAAUUGCUUGUGCUGUUGGAACUUUAAAGAGUUGGAAUGUCUAAGCUUCUUAAAGAAAAAGCAAAGUGGUCUAUGAUAUAUGUGUUCCCUGCAAGAGGGAAUUUAGAUUUAGUUGCAUGAAAAUCAUGUACCAGACACCUUACCCAGUACCCGUCACAGCCUCAACUGACAGCUUUUGAAGAGUCCUGGUAAGUGUUUGUCUCACUUCCCCACAUCAUGGAAGUACAGAUUUGCACAUAUACAUAACAUGAUGAUAGAAAAUAAGACAUAGUAAAUUAGAUUUCUAAAUUUCGGUUCUAAAUCUCCUUGUCGAUACCAGUAGAUCUAAAAGAAGAAGAAGAAGAAUUUAAAAUUUUCAGUAAUAGUCACUCACUGACCCAAAUAUUAAAUUUUUAACACAACAUUUUCCAUUGUGACCUAUUUCUUCAGUAAAUUAUCUCUUCACUUGGUAACUACAUUUGUUAUGUUAACCAACACUUUGUGCUUAAAAUGGUAUAAUAUAAAAAAAAACUACGUUUGUGGAUUAGCUAAAGUACAUCUAGCAGUAAUGAUGGAAGAAAGUUUAGGCUUUGUCCUACAGGGUUGUUGACUCAACAACAGUGUUUCUAAGGCAGUAGUGAAAGCCACAGUGCUAGGUGAGAGUAGUACCAGUUGUAAGUUAGGGGCCAACAUGGCUCAUUUAUGACUCAGUGGUUGGCAGUUAGUCAUCUGCCAAUUUUGCAUAAUGACCUGGUCUUUAUAGUCAAACCAUGUCAACAAAUGAGGAGUGGGUAUACAUACUUUCCCCCUAAGUGAAAUAGCCAAUUUGAUUCUUUUAAAUCACUUAAGUAGUACCACUGAGUUUCCAUUUCCAAGUUUGUACUUCUUUCUGCUUUCUCAGUUUACUCCUAUUCUCCAGGUGCAGACCUGUCCACUUAUCAGUCAUAUAGCAGGGGUAAAUUUUACCCAGGAAUACCGUAUAUACUCCAGUAUAAGCCAACCCGAGUAUCAGCAGAGGCAUCAAAUCUUACCACAAAAACUGCAUUAAAAAUGUGCUGGAAAAGCUCAGUUUAUACACCAGGAUAUACAGUACAUACCUUCUGGAUAUAUUUGAUAUAAUUUAAAUAAAAGGUACAACCAGUUUGGGUGCUGGGAGACAAUAUUUAAAAUAGUUUAUAUAAUCCAAAUGGGUUUAAACUAGCAUCACUGUUAGUCACUUAGAGCGAUUAAAUUUAGAGAUAAGCAAAUAUAUCUAUUUAAAAAAACUAUCAAAGAUUUUGUUCUGCCUUUCCUUAAGAGAAAUAGCCAUAUAAUACAUGAACGACU